AUGGUUGAUAUAAAAUCCUUAUCUGAUGAGGUUGUCAAAUUACUUCAGAAUAAAAAAUGUGAUAAUUAUAGAAUAUGUGUAGUAAUUGUGGGGCCACCUGGAUCUGGUAAAUCCACGAUCGCUGGUGAAUUGUGCAAUGAAUUAAAUCGCCGAUACAAUGAAUACUUGAAGAGUCAUCCAAAUGUGCAUAUUAAAUUAAAAGAACAUUCUCAGAUUAAUUUGACCUCUGAUAUCAGGGAAAUUACUCCUGAAUUGAGCAAAAAAUUGGAACACGACGGUGGGAUUUUCAAAAAUUUGGUGGAAGAUACAAAUUUUGAGCCCGUCAAGAAGAUACAUGAAAAUGGUGUUACUGAGGUAAUGGGGCGUGGUGGAAACCCCAAUGCCUUUACCAUACGUGAGGGCGACCUGAACAAAGAGCAUGGAAAUAAUAAUAAAAUCAAUAUUGCACAGAUUAUACCGAUGGACGGAUUUCAUCUAUCAAGACAGUGUCUCGACUGCUUCAAAAAUCCUAUGUGGGCACAUGAACGAAGAGGAUCACCAAUGACCUUCGACAGUAACAACUUUCUCGAGCUCUGCAAAGUUCUAGGUAAGACAAGUUUGAUUACGCCGACAAAAAGUUCUGCAGAGGAUUGUUUUGAGUACUUAUCUGAAACUUUCAUUGAAAACUUUCCCGAGAUUAGAAUACCAAGUUUUGACCACAGAGUGAAAGAUCCGACUCCAAACGAUUAUUGCAUAGAUGGCUACACAAGAAUAAUGAUUUUCGAAGGACUGUACCUGCUUUAUGAUGCUGAAAACUGGGCAAAAGUUUAUCAUCAAUUGUCUCAAACAAAUGCGUUGCUCGUUUGGAAUGUUGAUAUUGAGGAAGGUGUGAUUAAGGAGAGGGUGGGCAAAAGACAUGUGCAAACAGGUAUUGUUAGCACAAUAGAAGACGGUAUCAAAAGAUUUCAAACCAAUGACCUGCUGAAUGCCAGACUGAUAAAACAGAAGUCAAUUUACAAUGACAGUAUUGUCAGCAUAAGAAAUGAUUAG